UCCAGACUCGGAGCCCGAGGGUGGGCGGCACUAGAGGGAGCUGCGGCCGCGCCCGCCCUGUCGCGCCUCGCUUGCUGCUCGCAGCGCCGCCUCCCCAGCCGCUCGGAGCCGCCGCGAUGGCGGAGGACAGCGAGUCUGCGGCCAGCCAGCAGAGCCUAGAGCUGGACGACCAGGACACGUGCGGAAUAGACGGAGACAAUGAGGAGGAGACGGAACACGCCAAAGGAAGCCCUGGAGGGGAUUUGGGAGCAAAAAAGAAAAAGAAGAAACAGAAGAGAAAAAAGGAGAAGCCGAAUUCUGGGGGUACCAAGUCCGACUCUGCAUCUGACUCCCAGGAGAUUAAAAUUCAGCAGUCUUCAAAACACAACGCCAUCUGGCAGCAGAUUUCAGCGGGAGCAGCCAUGGGUGGUGAUACUAUGGAAGGUGAAUGGAUAGAUUUAAGAAUGUAUCAUAAGAAUCCCACCAUCCCUAUUCAGAAGCUACAGGACAUCCAGAGAGCAAUGGAGCUACUGUCUGCAUGUCAAGGCCCAGCCAGGAACAUUGAUGAGGCCACAAAGCGCAGAUACCAGUUCUGGGACACACAGCCAGUGCCCAAAUUGAACGAAGUCAUAACAUCUCAUGGUGCAAUUGAACCAGACAAGGACAAUAUCCGCCAGGAACCAUAUUCUUUGCCACAAGGUUUUAUGUGGGACACUUUAGACUUGAGUAAUGCUGAAGUGCUGAAGGAGUUGUAUACAUUGCUGAAUGAGAAUUACGUGGAAGACGAUGACAAUAUGUUCCGCUUUGACUAUUCACCUGAGUUUCUCUUGUGGGCUCUGCGUCCCCCAGGAUGGCUUCUACAAUGGCACUGUGGGGUCCGAGUGUCUUCAAAUAAAAAGCUAGUAGGUUUCAUAAGUGCCAUCCCAGCAAACAUCCGAAUUUAUGACAGUGUGAAGAGGAUGGUGGAAAUCAACUUUCUUUGUGUCCAUAAGAAACUGAGAUCAAAACGGGUAGCCCCAGUGUUAAUUCGAGAAAUAACUAGAAGAGUGAACCUAGAAGGAAUCUUUCAGGCUGUGUAUACUGCUGGAGUAGUUCUUCCUAAGCCUGUGGCCACAUGCAGGUAUUGGCACCGAUCCCUAAAUCCCAGGAAACUGGUAGAAGUGAAAUUUUCUCACUUGAGUAGAAACAUGACCUUACAGAGAACUAUGAAGCUUUACAGACUUCCAGAUGUUACAAAGACUUCAGGUUUGCGACCAAUGGAACCAAAAGAUAUCAAAGCAGUCCGAGAACUAAUCAACAACUACUUGAAGCAGUUUCAUCUAGCUCCAGUAAUGGAUGAAGAGGAAGUGGCCCACUGGUUCCUCCCCAGAGAACACAUCAUUGACACGUUUGUGGUGGAGAGCCCCAGUGGGAAGCUGACUGAUUUCCUGAGCUUCUACACGCUCCCCUCCACGGUUAUGCACCACCCUGCCCACAAGAGUCUCAAGGCUGCCUAUUCCUUCUACAACAUUCACACAGAGACACCCCUGCUGGACCUCAUGAAUGAUGCGCUCAUUAUAGCCAAGUUGAAAGGAUUUGAUGUAUUCAAUGCACUAGAUUUGAUGGAAAAUAAGACCUUCUUGGAAAAACUCAAGUUUGGUAUAGGAGAUGGCAACUUACAGUAUUAUUUGUACAACUGGAGGUGUCCAGGGACAGACUCAGAAAAGGUUGGACUUGUUCUACAGUAGAUGGAUAUGUUACUUCUAGAAGGCUGACAUUCUCAUUUGUUAAUAUUCUAUUUAGUGAGUCCUGGAACUGCCAUUCCAAAGAAGAAUAAAAGCACAAGUUGAGUGAAAUUGAAAUAGUCUAUAACAAUCAGAACAGAUGGCCAAUAGUACACACUUCCAGUUAGGAUGUUGAGAGCCAAUCUCUGCUGUUGACUGAUGUGUGGGAGGGAUGAAAGUAUUCACAGAGCUCUCAUGGUAUAGAGAGAUGUUGUCCUUCCACUCUAAAAGUGGAACUGUUUCUCUGUGAACCAAACAGAAAUGGUGGCAUCAUGUUAAGAAAAACCUUUGCUGUUAGGAGGAGAGUCACUGCUGCUUUUCUGUUUAAGUGGUGAUAUACUUGUAUUACAGAACAAGGAUCCAUAUGUAUAUCACCUUACAUGAUGCCACUGAGAAUGUUUAUAAAAUUGACAUGUGGUAGAUAAUUAUGUAUGGAGCAAUAUGAAAAUGUACCAGUGACUUAGCACAUUUAUUCCAUAAGCAUAGUAGCCAAAUCAGCAACCACACAGGUCUAUUGCAUAAGCAUAGUAGCCAAAUCAGUAAAUAACACAGGUUUGUCCUUUGCGCUUCAGCAGAUCAGACUGUUUCAAAAGCAAAGUUAGGGGCAAAUGUUGAGCAUGCUCACUGAAGAGUACACACCUAACUGACCAGACCUUGCGACUGCUUGCAGUCUUCAUUUCUCAGCAAUGUUAAGGAUGUGUAAGGGGAAGGAAGUAAAAGCUCUAAGGUCAGAUUAAAUGCCCAGAGGAGUGUGUAGUAGUGCUGUCAGCACACAGAUGGUCUGAAUGUUUUUAUUAUGCAAAAUUGCACAUGUUCCUUUACGCUGACUUUAAUUUAUCAUGAAAAUUGUCAUGCUAAUGGAAAAUGUCUUACUUGUAAAUAAGUAUUCAUAAUUUUGUUACUGAUGUUGUUUUUACCUAGAUUUUGAAAAACAAAAGUUUCACAGUGUACAUAUGUGUAUAUGCUGCCACUAAUCCAAGGGAAAAUAAAAUAAUAAACAAGGCCAUUGUAUAGACUGGCCUUCGAGUCAGAGGCCACCAAGUACAUACUUCUUCCUGCCUUUACUACAGUGCCUCUGCUCCAGUCCAGAACACCUACUUCAGACAGUGUAGCAUUUUCUUCUCACUAGACAGGACUCAACCAAAUGUUACCUUUAGGGCACGUCUCACUGUUGGCUGUUCUAGACAGCAUAUGAGCUGAGAAUGGCCAUUAUUAUUUUGAAUGGUUGGGGGAAAUGGCCCAAACAGAAUACAGCCACAUCUUCACAUAUGGCCUGCCUGUGGCUGAAUCAUGCUACAAGGGGAAAUAAAGUAGUUGUGACAAACUGGACUGUAUUGCCUGCAAAGUUAAAGUAUUUGCUGUCUGGCCUCUUAAUGGUGUUUGUGGACUGAGGUCCUAAGAAGUAGGCCACAAAUUGUGCCAUCCCUGAUAGCACCUGGGCCUCACAGGUGUGCAGAAGUGGGAACAGUUCUGUUCCGAAAGACACAGCAGAUUUCUCAUCUCAUACGGUCCAUGCCCAACAGAGUCACGUUUUUAACAGAGCACCUUCAGGAAGUAAAACUACCUAUUCAUUGAAACACCAUUUAGAAAGACUGCAUUAGGUCAGCAAGUUUAGUGAAUCUGGAUUUACAGCUCUUUGGGAAUUGUCUCACUCAUUUUUUAUGUCUAAUACAAAUUGAGUUUUCAGGUCAGUCAUGAAUUUUUUCAUGGGCUUAUUUACCUCAUGAGGAAACUUAAACGAUCCUUUUAGAGAUUUGUUUACUGCACAUUGCAGUUGUUAAAAAACUAUCACUUUAAGUAUACUAAUAGUUAACAUUGGUAUAUCCAUAAUAUAAGCACAUGACCAAUCGAUAUUUUAGAAAAUCACUAACCAGUACAACUGCUCAGAUAUAAAAUAGCUGUUAAAACCAAAUAUAAAUGCAACAGUCUCCGGAGUUUUUUUUAAGUUACACUGCCCUAUCUCUAUAUUCAAAAUGUGCUAUAAGGUUUCUUUCCUUCAAAAAAUAGAAAUUAGUCAGCAAAUGGAACAAAGGUGGCACAGCCCAUGAGUUCAAGCAGAACUUGGGAGAAAAGGUUUCAAUAUCACGUUUACUUCCUCCUAAAUGACAGAAUGAUUGUCCAGAGACAUGGAAGAUUCAUAUCCAAAGCACUGACUACUCCAUUUUCUAGUCUGCAAGACCCAUUGGAUCUCUCCUCUUGCCACAUUUCACCUAAGUUACUACUGUAGUUACUUUUUGUUGUUAGUCUUGUUUUGUUGUUUGUUGCUUGUUUUGGUGCUGGGGAUCAAGCCGGGGAUUGUGUGUGCUAAUAAGUACAUGUUCUACCACAGAGCUAUACCCCCAAUGUACUUUUGAUAGAUGUUAAAUAUUGCAAGGAAAUUAUGUGCAGGGAGGGAAUUCUUAAUAACCUUAUCAGGCUUUUUUUUUUUUUUUUUUUUUUUUUUUUUUCUGUAUUAAACAAGCCUUUCUCCAAGCCUGUGUCAAUGCUUACCUACAAAGAAAGCCAAAUUACCACCAAGUAAAAAUGGUAUGCUGCUUUUGAAAACAGUGUACUGCUUAGCAUUUAGUGUCUCUCCCUUACAACUGAGGAUCUCCAGUUUCAGCCACCUUACUAGACCAGCCUGUGCCCCAUUUUCCAAGUUUGGUAGAGAAAUGUAAGUGCUGUAGGAAACUGAUGUUCUUGCAAGCAAGCGUUGUACGAGCCUAUAAAGCAGUGAAUUUAUACACGCAUGGACGUUAGUCUCAAUAAACUUUGAUUUUGUUAA